CACGUAUCUGCUCGGAAACACAAUUCGGUAUCGCGAAAUCGAAAUGCUACAUAUGAUAAGUGAUGUUUCUUAAUUGUCAUUGAUUUGUGCAACGUUUCAUGCAGCCCUGUAACAGGGCGAAUUAACUUCUUCAGCAUUUGAUUUUAGCAUGCUCUAUUCUGCUUAUAUCAAAGUUUAAGGCAUGUGUCUCUGCAUAAUGUAGCUCACUGCUUAGAACCCAUUUUUGAUUAUAUAACUGACUUGAUUACAUUUCCAUCAUUGUGUGAAAACAGAAGUCGUUCUGCGUACCAGUACGGCUGCCAAUGUGCCAAGGCAAGGGAAUGAUGAAAUCUGCAUGGAGGCUGGAUUCUCGUGUGUUGGAGAGGGAGGAGGUGGCACAGUUACUCUGCACAAAAUGCCUGCUUCCACUACACCAGUGUCAGAUGACGGGCAGACAUGUGCUAAAGCCAGGCCAUCAGGCACCAGAAGAGGAGGUGGUGCUGCUGAAUGGACAGACGGCCAGACAAAGCUGCUGCUGGAAUACUAUUACAAAUACUUCCCACAGAUUGGCCCAUUCAAGAAAUUCAAAAACAGAAAACAAGCAUUCAAGCAAAUAUCCCAGGACAUUGAAGCUGUACUUGGCAUAACAAAAACGCCGGAGCAAUGCGAGAACAGAUACAAGACCGUGAUUAGGCGUCGCAAGGCUGCUUCAGACAAUAAUAAUAGGUCUGGAGCAUCACCUACACCUGUGCCUUUCGACGAUGAGGUUAGAAAAAUUGAAAGCAUAGAUGACAGCAUCGAACCAGAAGUACAAAGAGACGCAUCGGGGGCUAUUUUCAAGACCUCUCCCGAAUCUCAGACUGUGGUUUCACCAAAUGCAAAGACCACUGAGGAAAAUGGAAGCCAGCCUCCAAAUCCUGAUGUGAAGCCACGUGUAGGCACUGCACGUCAGCAACACAUGCAGUUGUUUUUUUCUGAAAUGAGAGCCAUUAAUGAAGAGAAGGAAUCUCGGAAAGCGGCCAGACAUGCAGAAAAAGAAAAUCGGAGAGCUCAAAGGCAGGCUGAGCGACAGGCACUUGUUGAAGAGCGGCGCAAAAUGCACGAUGAGAAAAUGGAAAUCCUGCGUCAAGCCUUCGGACUUCCGAAAUAAAGUGCUAGAGUUAAUUCAAUAAGCCUACCAUACAAACCGAUUACUUGGUUUCAAUGUCUUUAUUUUCUAGUUAGAGUGCUAGUCCUAAUUAAAUAAACGUACUUUUACA